UUUGAAUACGAUGAACGACUACUAGAAAAGGCUAUUCGAAUGGAAAUACGACUGGAAGAACUUGCAAAGACUGUUGAAAACCUACAGAUUGAAAACAAAAAUCUCAAAGAGUCCUUGAACGAACUCGACUCUAUAAAGACUAAAUUAAAAGUGACAGACACAACUUUACAUCGACUGGAAGAGACUGUCGACAUCAACUCUGCCUCGACUCUCGCUCUUCAAGACGGCUUGGAGAGAACGAGAACCGCCUUAAAUGUAUCUACCGCGGCACUAAAUUUAUUUCAAGUAAAACAUAAAGAUCCCCGCCCGGCCUUUUUAGCCAUUCUUUCAGACGAUAUAAAGGCGACAACAGCAGGACAGACGAUACUAUUUGACGAUGUUGUAACAAACAUUGGAUCAGCAUACAACGGCAAAACAGGCACGUUUACCGCCCCAAUAGAAGGCCUGUAUCUGAUCUCUGUCAAGAUCACCGGCUAUUUUAAAUCUACAGCUAGCAGUGGAUCAACAAAUCAAUACGAUCUGAAAAAGAACGACAAUUUGUAUCUACGACUUAAUGUCAACGUGAACGCAAACACGCAUUGGUAUGAUUCGUCCAGUGUCGUUACCGUCAUGGGGAUUGGAAAAGGCGACCAUGUUAAUGUUGAGAGUGUAUACUCGGAGGAAUAUGUCGAAGGCAGCGAAAGGAACACGUUCUUCUCCGGAUUUCUUAUUGAGUGA